AUGUAAAAAAAAUCACUACAACAACCUUUCUAGUUAAACCAAUUAGAAGUGCCGUUUUAUUGUAGAGUUGUUCGAAAACAUUUUUUUAGAGAUAGAGUUUAUUAGUUAAAAUAACACAAUAACCUAAUCACCAUGACAUAUGUAAUUACUUUUGACAUAUUCUAGCAUUAAAAUACAGAUACUCCAAAAUAUAUAAUGAACAUUGAAGAAUGUACAAGUUUUGAAUGGUUAAUCAAACAAUAAAGAUUAGUUGGUUUCAAAUUCCCAUAUUAAGGUAAUUUGAAAGAGUUUUAUGGUGAUCAGAUUGACCUUAUCUAACUUAGAUAGAGGUUGGGUAACAAAAUGAUAUUUGUCAAUCUAACUUAAAACUAUAAAUAUCUUUCAACGUUAGAAGCUGGAUCGUUUGGUUAGGUAUUAAAUUAUCAUAUAAUUUAUAGGUUACUACAAAUGAAUGUUACUUUAAUAAUAAGAAAGUGGCAAUUAAACAUAUAUUACUAAAUGGAAAGAAAGACUAAUAAAAAACAAUAGAAAAUGAAAUUCAGAUUUUAAGAUCAAUCAAGCAUCCUAAAAUUGUAGAGAUUUAUGAAGUCUUUAAAACUGAACUGUAUUAUUAAAUAGUGACUGAAUUUAUUGAAGGAGAUAAUUUAAAAUAACUUAUAUUCAAUAAAUCAAAUCAAAUUAAAAAUGAAGAAAUUAUAGAAAUUAUGCAAGUAUAAAUUAGAUAAAAUUUAAGUAAUUACUUGAAGCUUUGACAUUUCUACAUCGGAACUAAAUACUUCAUAGAGACAUUAAACCAGCCAAUAUUAUGUAUCAUAACAACAAACUCAAAUUAAUAGAUUUUGGGCUUGCUUGUUAUGAUGGUAAAUAAUUAAUUGAAAAUCCUAAUUGUGGAACAGAAGGUUAUGUUGCACCUGAAGUCUUAAAUGUACAUUAAACAAAAAUUAAUUAUGAUUUCAAAGUAGAUGUCUUUGGAGCUGGUUGUGUUUUAUACAUGCUUUUAACAGGAACAAAAUUAUAAUAAUCAAAUUAAUCUAAUAUUAGUUUUCAAAAAAAUAAAACUUAUCAAAAUAGUGAAAAUAAUCAAUUGUUCGAAUUGGUCAAAAUUAUGACCAGACCUAAUCCACUUGAUAGACCAUCAAGUUUUUAGGUUCUAGAAUUAAUAAGGUAUAUUAAAGAAAAUUGUGCUUAUGAUAUUAAUUUAUGGUAUAGUAGUGCAUUUAAUCUUUCGAAUUCAAAUAAUUCCUAUUAGACUGCAUCCACUGCUAGAUAUAUUCAUACUUCAAAAAAUUAAAAAAGUGUUUGUAGUUUCAAUAGUGCCAGAGGUAUCGGAUAGAACCUCUCUAAAUUAAUUUUAAAAUGA